GUCAGUCGCGCGACCUGUUUCUCAGGUUGCCGUGUGCGCCCUUCCACACAGGAGGUUCCGCACGCAGACGCAGCCGUGACCCGGAGGAGAAGCCAAUCGGCCAUUUUGGGCACGCGGCGGCGGCAGCGGAGGUGGUGGUGGCGGCGGCGGCGGCGGAGGUGGCGGAGGUGGGGGGGGUCUCCCAGUCACCACGUGAGAGAGGAGAGCCCGAAAAAGGGGAGCGAUCGAGGGAGCGAGCGCAGAUCCGAGAACAAGGGGGCCGAGAGCCGCGCACGCGGACGGAUUUGGGAGCUCGUUGUCACAUGUGCUGAGCUCCAGGAAGCGCCGCAGCCCGAACAAUGCCGACAGCCACCCUGCCGCCCAAGGAGAACGCCCUCUUCAAGAGGAUCCUGAGAUGUUACGAACACAAGCAGUACCGCAAUGGCCUGAAGUUCUGCAAACAGAUUCUCUCCAAUCCCAAGUUUGCCGAGCAUGGAGAAACACUGGCAAUGAAGGGGUUGACCCUCAACUGCCUGGGCAAGAAGGAGGAGGCCUACGAGCUGGUUCGACGGGGCCUGCGCAACGACCUCAAAAGUCAUGUCUGCUGGCACGUCUACGGCCUGCUCCAGAGGUCGGACAAGAAAUACGAUGAAGCCAUCAAAUGCUACAGAAAUGCGCUGAAGUGGGACAAAGACAAUCUCCAGAUUUUGAGGGACCUCUCCCUGCUGCAGAUCCAGAUGCGGGAUCUUGAAGGCUACAGGGAGACCCGGUACCAACUGCUCCAGCUCCGGCCAGCACAGAGAGCCUCCUGGAUUGGCUAUGCAAUAGCAUAUCAUCUUCUGGAAGACUAUGAAAUGGCGGCCAAAAUUAUAGAAGAGUUUAGGAAAACCCAACAGACCUCACCGGACAAAGUGGACUACGAGUACAGUGAGCUGCUGCUGUACCAGAACCGCGUCCUCCGGGAAGCCGGCCUCCACAAAGAAGCCCUGGAGCACCUCACCACUUAUGAGAAGCAAAUCUGCGACAAGCUGGCUGUGGAGGAGACCAAAGGAGAGCUGCUGCUGAGCCUGGAACGAAUGGAAGAGGCCACUGAGGUGUACCAUCAGCUGCAGGAACGAAACCCGGAGAACUGGUCCUACUACCACGGCCUAGAGAAUGCGCUGAAGCCAGCCAGCGUAGAAGAGAAGCAGAAGAUCUAUGAGGAGGCCUGGGAGAGAUAUCCUAAAGGCCUGGUGCCUAGGAGACUUCCCCUCAACUUCUUAACAGGUGAAAAAUUCCGGGAGUGUUUGGAUAGAUAUUUAAGAAUGAACUUCAGCAAGGGCUGUCCGCCCGUUUUCACCACCUUGAAGUCCCUGUAUCACGACAAGGAGAAGGUGUCGAUAAUUGAGGAAUUAGUAGUUGGCUAUGAAACGUCUUUGAAUAGCUGCCGAAUGUUUAAUCCAAAUGAUGAUGGGAAGGAGGAGCCGCCCACCACCCUGCUGUGGGUCCAGUACUUCCUGGCGCAGCACUACGAUCAGAUCGGACAGCCGAGCCUCGCUCUAGAGUACAUCAACGUGGCCAUUGACAGUACACCCACACUCAUCGAGCUCUUCCUCAUCAAAGCCAAGAUCUACAAGCAUGCUGGGAACAUCAGGGAGGCGGUGCGGUGGAUGGACGAGGCCCAGGCGCUGGACACAGCUGACCGCUUCAUCAACUCCAAGUGUGCCAAGUACAUGUUGAAGGCAGGGAUGGUGAAGGAAGCAGAAGAAAUGUGCUCAAAGUUUACACGGGAAGGAGCCUCGGCAGUGGAGAACUUGAAUGAGAUGCAGUGCAUGUGGUUCCAGACCGAAUGCGCUUUGGCCUACAAGGCCAUGAACAAGUACGGUGAGGCCCUGAAGAAGUGCCAUGAGAUCGAGAGGCACUUUGUGGAGAUCACAGAUGACCAGUUUGACUUCCACACUUACUGCAUGAGGAAGAUGACGCUGCGUUCCUAUGUGGACCUGCUCAAGCUGGAGGAUGUACUGCGCAUGCACCCCUUCUACUACAAGGCCUCUAGGACAGCCAUUGAGAUCUACUUGGCGCUACAUGACAACCCACUGACAGAUGAGAACAAGGAGCUGGAGGCUGACACAGCCAACUUGUCAGACAAAGAGUUGAAGAAGCUGCGGAACAAGCAGCGGCGUGCACAGAAGAAGGCUCAACUGGAGGAGGAGAAGAAGAAUGCGGAGAAGGAGAAGCAGCUGAAGAACCAGAAGAAGAAGAAGGAGGAUGAUGACGAGGAGAUUGGUGGCCCUAAGGAAGAGCUCAUACCAGAGAAACUGGCAAAGGUAGAAAAUCCACUGGAAGAAGCUGUUAAAUUCUUGACCCCUUUGAAGAACCUAGUGAAAAAUAAGAUAGACACUCAUCUUCUGGCAUUUGAGAUCUACUUUAGAAAAGAAAAGUUCUUGCUGAUGCUGCAGUCGGUGAAGAGGGCGUUCGCCAUAGACCUAGACCAUCCGUGGCUCCACCAGUGUUUAGUGCGUUUCUUCAAAGCAGUGUCUGAGAGCAAAGACCUGCCGGAGGCCGUGCGAAUCGUCCUGAAGCAGGAGAUCACCAGGCUGUUUGGCGACAGCAAUGGCAAGAGUUUCAACGAGGCCUUCCUCAAUAAGCACUCCAAUUCGAUCCCACACAGACUAGCAGCUGCCAAAAUGAUGUUCUACCUUGACCCGUCCACGGAAAAGAAGGCAGUGGAACUGGCCACUGCGUUGGAUGAAUCCCUCUCCAACCGGAGCAUUCAAAUCUGUACUGAAGUGCUGGAGAGCUUGCGUGAUGGAAGCCUGAGUGACUGCAAGGAGAAAGCUGAGGCCUACCGGGCAGAGUGCCACAAGAUCUUCCCCUACGCACUGGCCUUCAUGCCGCCUGGCUAUGAGGAGAAUAUGAAAAUUGCUGUCAACGGCGAUGUGUCCGCAGAGGCCGAGGAGCUGGCCAAUGACAUGUGAGGGGGUGGUGACACGAGGCGUUUGUUUUUGGGGUGGGGUGGGGGUUAUGAGUCGACGCGGGGACCCUGCCGGCAUUUUUUCUGUCGCCCCCGCAGCACUGCGACCAGGACUGAACACAAUGAGAUGUGUUGAGGAGACAGAGAGGGAAGAAAAAGGAGAAAGAAAAAUGACCAUUUUACUUUUUUAAUCUUGCUGACGACAACUCUAACUGAAAACAAACGGUAAAAAAUCUCUGGAGAUGGUGGACAACUGAUUGAUUCUGAUGGAGGUGACAAGAGUUCUAAUAUCUACUUCCUGUGUUUUUAAAGUAAUUUAUAUAAAAAAAAAUUAGACUGAAAAUUCUUAAAACCGUCUGAACACAUAGGUGUGUGCCAAUAUACAAUUGGCUGAGUUGAAAUGAGGGCUUGUUGUCUUGGGAGGGAGGGCAGCUAAUUUGGUAUGGUGUUGAAGAAGCCCCACACACACACGUAACCCACUGCCCCACUGAAAGCUGCAGAAGACCUUCUACAACAAAGAUGGGAGCGUGGGGUCAAGAACGCAUGGAGUGAGGUAUGAGUAGCAGAUGCUCUUGGUUCCCCCCUAAAAUUCUCUAAUGGGUUGCUGUGUGAAAGUAGCGUCAGUGGUUUAUGGUAAAGCGUGGUCUAUGUCAACCCAUCCUUUACGAUUUCAGUAUAUGGUUUCCUUUUCUGUGUUUGUCUGGACUGAGACAAGCAAUAAGAUGGUCCCAGGUUUUAUUUUCUGUAAUGGUCCUCAGAUGAGACUUUGAGUCUUCAAAUAAAGCAGGCAAUGUCAAUCAUAUGGAAUUCUUAAUACUGACAACCUUUCCUGACCACACAGGUGCGUGCGCGCACACACACACAAACACAA